AUGCCACGCUCAUCAGCUGCGGCUAGGAAGAACCAGAGCAACCGACAGGAAAAUGGCGUUGUUGGCCCCGGCAAGAAAGUGACCAAGCAGAAAUCCAACAGCCAUCUGAACGGCAACUCGGGCAACGGCUCAGCUACCGGUCCGGGCGCGUCCGUUCCCUGCGAUCUAUCUUCCAUCCGGUCUACGAGCGAUACAGCGCUGACUUCGCCGACGGCCGCCGCCAAGGGAGAUAGUGCAAAGGAUGGCAAUGUGCGUGGGAUGUUGAACGGGCACAGCAAAGGUGGAGAAUUGGCAUCUGCGCAGGACAGUGAUGCACCCCAGAAUGGUGGUAUCUCAGGUCAUGGCGCUCGCAAUGGAACCUCGAAACGAUCCGGAUCCAAUGCCUCCAUCAACCCGCUACAGCUCGCUUCAACAAUUCUCAAGUCGUGCCCCAUGUACGACACCAUCGCCAUUUUGAUUUUUCUGCUCCAACUGCCACCAAUGGUUUUGACUCUGGUUCAAUUUCUUUUCGCCUCUCUCACUUUCAUGCCCCCCAGUGGCGCCGCGGCCGGUUCUUUGUCGUCAAAUUUCGAUAUCUUUCAGGGUCCAGCUGGGACGCCCUCAUUGGGAACCAUGAUAGCAAUGGACGGAUUCUGCAUAUUGCUCUGGGGCCUCUUCAUGUGGACAUGGGCGCAAAAUUUUGCCAUCGACCUCGCCCACGUCCAAGUCGCUAUCACCUUGGGCGGCGGGGGUUCCGGGAAGAAUGGCGGGGUCAAUGCUCUUUGUGUCGGAAUUGUUCUACUUCUUCAUCUCGUCCGCAGCAAAGGCAUACAGGACUUUGUUCUGGGCUAUCUUGUGUCCGCUAAACUGCUCAGUCCCGAUAUUCUUUCCCAAUUUUCGCACCUGCUACCCGCCGAGUUCCGACGCUCCGAAGCCCAAUCGUCCCCAAGUUGGCUUCGUAGUCUUCUUGCAGUUCAUAUUCUGGCUCAGGCGGGAACUGCGAUGGCACGACGUUCAAUGGCGAAAAACCGGUCACCGACACCAUCGCGGACCGGCAAGAGGGGAGACACGGAGGCUUCUGCAGGCUCACAGGGACAACCCGAUUCGGCCCUGGAGUCUGCUGCCAGUGUGUCAUCCUCUUUAGUUGGCCCCGACGGUCAACUCAAAGAUGGAAAGGAUCGAUUUACCUCCGCCAAAAAACGCAGACGACAAGCGAAUCAAGUUCGAAGCCGGCAGCCGUUCUGGGCUGCUCUCGCAAGUACAAAGGUCACAGUUAUGCGAGAAUAUGAACAUUCACGGGCUGUCUCCAAGACAGCACGCAAUCUUACAAUGACAGAGGAAGAUCUCCAAGGUGUUUCUCUCGAUGACGGGUUAGUAUGGAUAACGGAUGUGGACAGUUCUUCAAUCAAGUUUGCCGCGGGUGAAUUCACGGAUGAUCCAGCGGUUUCGGGCUCCUAUGAAUCUGGGCGCUUAGAAGGAGAUGCGGAGCCAUUCUACGUCUGCGUCAACGGUGCGCUCUGGGCUACCGCCACGAUAUGCAGGGUCUCAGAUGCCAAGGGACCAAGUGUGGUGCAGUGGCGCGGCGAAAUCGCAGGUCUUGCGCCCAAUUGUGCUUAUACCUGCGCGUUUGUGCGCGUUGAUAAUGAUGAGGAAAUCUGUGUCAUGAGUGUCAAGACGCCUGCUACGGCCGACACAGAGCAAGGUAAGUCGGCGCCUCCGCGCUACUGUUUGUCCUUUCUCGGUCAUGGCUCAUAUGGAACAGUCAUCUCUACUAUAUCGACACCCCCACAGCCACUAUACCGUCCAUCAUCCCCCACUACAACGCUCAAAAACUCCAUAGUUAACGCGGAAUCCAAACUCAACGAAAAACGCAACCGCCUGAAGAAGACAAAGAACGACCACAAAACGGCCAUCUCGAAGAUCCGCAAGGAACUUGACAACUUCAACACUCGACUUCACAGUGGAACCGACGAGAAUCGACAAAAGCAGCGCUCGCUGCAAUUGGAACGAAACAUCAAGCAAACCGAGGAAGCAACCGCAGCACUGGAAUCCCAACUUGAUACAAUGGAGACUGUGCCGGAGGAAGAAAUGGAGGAGUGGAGGUCGCACAAAGCAGACUUUGAACGCGAGGCCGAACGCUUCAAUGCCAUCAAGGAAGAAGUUGCCGCAACUCGCACCGCUGCGGCACAAGAAGUGGCGGCACUGGAAGCUGAUUUGACCCAAGUGAUUCAGAAGCGAGAGCGUCUUCAGGGCCGUCGUACUCGGGUGAAUGAGCAGUAUGAGCGCAUCAUCUCGGCCAACGCCCAGGGAUUGAAUGAACGAGAGCGUCGGGCUGCGGAACAGUUUGCCAGAGAGCAAGACCAGUCAAAAAUGGAGAGCAAUUUCCACGAGCAGUUCGCGAGCAUCAGCCAAUCUGUCCAGGAUUUUCAACUCCGCACAAGUCAGUUAUGGCAACAGGCUUCCGCAAUUGAGCAGUCCAUUCAGGUACAGCAACAACAAAUGCUCCUCGAGUCGGGUCCUCUCACCCCCGAGGGCAAUUUGCCAGGUACCAAUCCACUACCUGAAACUAGUGGACCUCCAUUGAACGUAUCUGCGACCACUGCGCCCAACGUGCGGUCUCUUUUGGGUCUCAGCUUCCCCCCUGCCAGAUCUAGCCCGCUUCAGAUCUCGUCGUCACCAAUCCGCGAGGACUCGUCCAAUCCUGCUAGUCCGUCCCAAGACCUUCCCUUCCUUCCACAGUUCCCGGCAUCCCCUGCCGGAAACAUGGGAUCGUACUUUGCGCCAGACAUCAACCACCGAGACCGUUCAUUUUCCAAUCGCUCCACUCGCAGUAGUCAGUUUGGCUCCGACUUUUUGGAUACGAAUCGCAUGCCGCCUCUCCAGCUUGAGUUGUCCGAGCUACUCGGCGAAGCAAAGUCGCGACCCAGCCCUGAUUCAUUUCUCCAUGGAAUCAAUCGUCCUGUUCUAAGUCCUUUCCAACGAGCAGCAAGUCGAGGUAGCGGGACUGGCAGUGGCAGCGGUGGCAGCGGCAGUGGGAGCGGCAGUCCACACUCAUCUCGAGACUAG